AUGAACGAGAUCGCCAAAACAUUUCGCGCCCUCCACCAACCAGGCAACCCCGUCCUCUUGACCAACGUCUAUGACGCGGCGACAGCAGCCACGAUUGCCUCACUGCCCACCGCCCCGGCCGUCGCAACAGCAUCCUACGCCAUCGCCGCCUCGAUCGGCAUCGACGACAAUGCGUUGACCAAAUCCCAGAACCUGACCGCCAUAGCCGCCAUCGCAUCCGCUAUCCGCGCUACGAACCCGCUAAAACCGCUUACCGUUGAUCUGCAAGACGGGUACGGUGACACGGCCGAGCUGGCCGAUACCGUCCGGAAGGUUAUCGCACUGGGGGCUGUAGGGUGUAAUAUUGAAGAUACGGAUGCGACGGGGGCCCUGCGAUCGCUGGAUGAGGCUGUCGAGCGCGUGCAGAUGGCGGUGCGCACGGCGGCGGAGGCGGGUGUUCCUGAUUUCGUGGUCAAUGCUCGGACGGAUGUGUUGGCAGGCGGGACGGUGGAUCAGGCCAUUGAGCGCGGGAAGGCAUUCUUGGGGGCUGGUGCCUGUACGGUCUUUGUUUGGGGGCCUGGUGGAAGGGGGGUCUCGGCGGAUGAGGUCAAGAUGUUGGUGGCUGCUUUGGGGAUGGUAAAUGUCAAGAUGAACCUGAAAGAGGGAUUCCUCGGUGUGCAGGAAAUUCGAGAAUUGGGUGUUGCGCGGAUCAGCGUUGGGCCUGAGCUGUGGAGAACUGCUAUGGAGGCUUUUACUGAAAAGGCCAAGAGUUUGUUGGCUCUGUGA